UCUUCGUGCUUCCGACAGUUCACUCUCUCGCCUGAAUUCGAGACAAUCUUCUUCGUUUGAUCUCGCGUCGACGUUUCCAUGGCGAAUGCCUGGAAAAGAGACAAGUCCCCGAGAUUCCUUUCCCCCAUUUUCCUCUUCUUCCUCUUUUCCUUCUCCAUCCUCAUCCUCUUCUUCUUCCUCUUCGGAAACUCAAGCCCUAUGGAGCGAUCCGCCCCUACUUUCACCAUCAAACCCCAUUUUUCAUUUCCAACGAUAAUCGCCCCCUUCGAUUGCUUCAAAUGCCCUCAAUCGUACCCGGUAAUUGCCAACGUCGUGGAAGGCGUUCGAUACCCGUUUCUGUUUUCGAUCGCGGAUUUGGGGAACUUGCCCGAUAAGCCCCACAAGAACAUCGUCAGGAUGCUUAAGGGAAAGCCCUUUCGGAAGCCUGACAUUUCUGUCACGAUUCAAGAGGUUUUGGAGAAGAUGAAGGGCGGCGAUUCCAGAGAUGGAUUUGUUGUUGAUGUGGGUGCCAAUGUUGGAAUGGCUAGUUUCGCCGCUGCUGCGAUGGGGUUUCGUGUUUUGGCGUUUGAGCCUGUUUUUGAAAAUUUGCAGAGAAUUUGUGAUGGAAUUUAUCUGAAUAGGGUUGGGGAAUUGGUGAAUGUGUUUCAGGCUGCUGCUUCAGAUAAUCUUGGGAAUAUCACCGUGCACAAGUUGGUUGGACGGCUUGACAACAGUGCUGUAUCAGCAGCUGGUGCAAAGUUAGCCUUCAAAUCCAAUGAAGAAAUAGCAGUUCAAGUUCAAUCAAUUCCACUAGAUGAAGUAAUCCCAGAUUCAGAACAGGUGCUCUUAAUAAAAAUCGAUGUUCAGGGAUGGGAAUAUCAUGUUCUAAAAGGAGCAAAACAAAUUCUGUCUAGAAAGGGCAGUGAAGCCCCAUAUCUCAUCUAUGAGGAAGAUGAAAGGCUGCUAAAAGCUAGUAAUAGUAGUAAAAGAGAGAUCAGAGAGUUCCUUCAUUCUGUUGGUUACCAUACUUGCAUUCAGCAUGGUACAGAUGCACACUGCACCAAGACUACUUGAAACCAAAUUCAUUUGCAAACCAUGUCCAGAGACCAAAGAAUCUGCACUUAAAAUCAAGAAAAUUCGAGUCAUCUUGGCGUCGUAUCGUCUAAUGAUCGACUGCCUUCGAAAUGAGCCGUUCUUCAUCUCAAUUGCCAGAUGAAGGAUGUAGCAAGCAUUUCAUAAGCUGCCCUUGGGACUUGCAUUUUGAAGCGCUGGUUCGAUUGGAUGAUCCAGCGCUAUCGAGUUUUCUUUUCCCAUUCAUGUGGGAUGUUCUUGGUUCCUGACAUUUUGUUGUAGCAUUCUUCAGCUUGUUGCUAGUUGAUUUUGUAGAUUAUAACACUUAUUUUCCCAUUAGAUUCGAUGCUUAUCUUACCAUUUGAUAAUAGGAAACCAUGUGACUGUAUUUUGUUGAGCA